GAGGAAGUUUUAUUAUUCUUAUUGAUGAGCUGGUUCCAUUGAUAUCUCAAUCAAAAGCAUCCAUUGAUGAAAUGAAGUCAUUCCUUCAACGAUUUUACCCAAAAUUUAGUGCUGAGCUGCCUGAUGCUGAUAGCGUUGAAGGCAUUAUGAAUAUCGCUGUCAAAAAUUGCCGAUUAAACAACAUUUCAAUAUUGAAGUUAAUUAUAAAACGGUUUAAAAUCACUGAAGCCAAUCCUUUGAUAUCAGAGUAUGAGAAAGAAGUGAAGACAGCAUGUAAAUUUCUGAAGGAUUUCCUAAGCCAGAAUCAACCUCAGCAUUUUCUCAUUUGUGAAACAAUUCAGUUUACUUUGGGAUGGGAACCAGAGGAGCACUCACUUGAUGACAUACGUAAUCUCUUAGAGGAAGCAUUUAAAGAAUUAAACAAGAGGAUUAUUGUACGAAGCAUUCAUCGUGGGAACUCCAUCAUUAUCAUCUGUUAUGGUCCACAUCAUUUACUAGCUGCUCUUCUCUUGGAAGCACAAGACAACCUAACUGUCUUGAUGAAGGAAUUCAGUUUAAUUAGACUAACCAUUGGCCACUACACUGUUUAUGAUAAAAGGAUCAGAUACAAAGUAAUGAAUAAUGAGUGUCUUGCAGAGGAGAUUAAACUAGCUGAUAGAGAGGAACAAGAACUGAGGACUUUACUUGAUUACAAAGAAGGAUCAAUAUUUGAACAAGAUAAACAACUGAAUAUCAUGAAAAAAAGAAAAGGUAUAGUUAGUGAAUGAUGAAGAUAUUUUAUUAAUGUAUUUUUACUUGUA